UCAUGGUGCCGCUGUUGGCUAACACAAAAGUAACACAGACAUCUCCACCCACUGCAACUGCAUCAAGAUCAGUUGUAUUUUUGUGAAGAUCGCUUGAUUCCACGAAUAUUUUUCAUCGUGUUUGCAGUUGUUUGAUUAUUGAUUCUCGUUUGGAUUACAUUUUGAGUUCUGGACCGUAAUUGGUACAAGACGUCGACGUGUGUUUACCAAGGAUGGGAGACAAAGGAUUUCCAGCGCUUCGUCUGACCCUCUGCUUUCUUUUCUUUAUUGUAACGCUGCACCUCGUUCAUGGAGAUCUGAGUUAUUCUUUUCCAGAGGAGAUGAAAACACAGUCUGUUAUUGGAAAUAUCGCCAAAGAUCUCGGUCUUGAUUUGAGGACAUUAUCAGCUCGAAAGGCCCGUGCUGAUUCUGAGGGGACUCGUAAACGCUACUGUGACAUAAAUCUGAGUACCGGAGAUUUGAUCACAUCAGAGAGAAUUGACAGAGAGAGUCUUUGUGGCAAGAAACCUUCUUGUGUUUUGAAAGUGGACCUGGUUUUAGAAAAUCCUUUGGAGCUUCAUCGUGUCAGUCUUCAUAUCCAAGAUGUGAACGAUAACUCACCAAAAUUCAAAAAAGAUUUGAUUGAAAUGGAAAUAAGCGAGUCAGCAGACAAAGGUAACCGCUUUUCACUUGAGCAGGCCCGUGACGCAGAUAUAGGUCAAAAUGCUGUUCAAAGGUACAACCUUGAGAAGAACGAAUACUUCAUACUGGCAGCUGACAACAAGGCUGAACUGGUACUAGAGAAUACACUUGAUCGAGAAAAGCAAAAAGAGCUGAAUUUGCUUCUCACAGCUCUGGAUGGUGGAUCUCCUCAGAGAUCAGGUACUGUGGUCAUACAUGUCACUGUACUGGAUGCUAAUGAUAACGCCCCAGUGUUCAGCCAGGCCGUUUAUAAAGCCAGUCUGCCUGAAAACUCUGCUCCAGAUACAAUCGUGAUUAAUGUCAAUGCUACUGAUGCAGAUGAGGGAGUGAAUGGAGAUGUGACAUAUGACUUCGGUCACGUGUCUGACGACUAUAUAAAUGUAUAUUCUAUUGAUCCUAAAGCUGGACAGAUUCGAACAACUGGUGUGAUUGAUUUUGAAGAAAUGAAUUCUUUUGAAAUUAUAGUGGAGGCUAAAGAUGGCUUAGGACUAACCUCGUAUGCCAAAGUUAUGAUAGAUAUUACUGAUGUAAAUGAUAAUGCUCCGGUGAUCUAUCUGAAAUCACUGACUAAUCCCAUACCUGAGAACGUGUCACCUGGUACAGAGGUGGGCAUCAUUAACGUUCAGGACAGAGACUCUGAAAUAACGGACAGGUCCGCUGCUUUAUUCAGCAAAAUGUUCCUUUUAAAUUGGUUCCCUCUAUUAAAAACUAUUAUUCUCUGGUGAGCACCGGACAACUGGACCGUGAAGUGGUGUCUGAUUACAACAUUACAAUCAGUGCCACUGACGAGGGCUCUCCUCCUCUGUCCUCUUCUAAAAGUGUUCAGUUAUCUGUAGCUGACAUCAACGACAACCCACCUGUGUUUGAGGAACA